AUCAGUUAGAGAAGAUAUAAAAUAGAUGGUGUAAGAUACAAGAAAACUUACGUCUUGUUGUAUUAAUUGGUUCAACCGAGACCAUUGCCAAGACCCCUUCUCCCCCCUAACCCCUUAGGAAUAUAGAGUAUUGAAUAUUAUGCAGCCAAACCCUUUUUGGCUUCCUCUUCAGAUCUCAGAAAAAAAAGAACCAGAAAAUUCUGCUUCACCAGAUAUUUGGAGACAGGGAAGAGGAACAGACAAUACAAGAGAUAGAUAGAACUUCAUACUGCAGGUCAGCUUAAUAAAGAAAAACAUGGUGAACUCCUAUUUAUCAAAUUGCGCAAGCGUGAUGGUUGAGAGGAUUAAUAAUUCUCAAGGACUGGUCGAAGUAUGUAAAGGAAAAUCCUCCAGCGCGUUACUGAAGAGAUUGAGGGUGGCUUUAACUACUGUGGAUGCGGUGCUUGGAGAUGCUGAGCAGAAAGCAGAAACUGUACCAGAAGUGAAACAUUGGCUCACAGGAAUCACAGACGUUUUCUUCCAGGCAGAGGAUAUUCUUGAUGAGUUGCUAACAGAGGCUUUGAGAAGAAGGUUAGUAGCUGAAGCGGGGGUAUUAGGACGAUUCCAGAAUCUCAUGGCUGGUAGCGAAACCAUACAGAAAAAGAUAGAACCAAAGAUGGAAAAAGUGGUUACACUACUGGAACAUCAUGUGAAACACAGAGAAGUUAUUCGACUAAAAGAGUAUAGUGAGAUUCGACAACCACAGUGGAGGCAAGCGUCACGGUCAAGAACUGAUGAACAAGGUAGACUGGUUGGGAGAGCAGAAGAUAAAGCAGCGUUAGUUGAUUUACUGCAAUCUUAUGAUGAAACAGGAAUCAGAAAAGCAACUGUUGUUUCCAUUGUUGGUAUGCCAGGGGUUGGAAAGACUACCUUGAUGCAGAUAGUUUUCAACGAGGAUACUGUGACAGAACAUUUUGAUGUUAAAAUGUGGAUCUCUGCUGGGAUUAACUUUAAUGUCUUCACAGCUACAAAAGCCGUUCUGCAGGAGAUCACUUCGAGUGCAGUUAAUACUGAGGAUCUACCUUCACUUCAAGUUCAGCUGAAGCAAGAACUAUCAGGGAAGAGAUUUUUACUCGUUCUUGACGAUUUUUGGUCUGAAAGUAAUGCAGACUGGGAAAGUUUCCACGUCGCCUUUACUGAUGCAAAGGAAGGAAGCAAGAUUGUUCUAACCACGCGAAGUGAAGUCGUCUCCACAGUUUUACAGGCUGAAAAAGUCUACCGAGUGAAGCUGAUGACAAAUGAAGAAUGCUGGGAGGUCAUCUCUAGAUCUGCUUUUGAAAGUUCUGAUGACCAACGAUUAGAAGGAAUUGGCAAAAAGAUUGCAGAACAGUGUAAAGGGUUGCCGUUAACUGCAAAAGUCAUCUCAUCACAUCUCAGGUCAAAGACAAAACCUGAUGAUUGGUACGAUGUAUCAAAGAAUUUCUCAACUUACACCAAUAGUAUCCUUCCGGUUUUAAAACUGAGCUAUGAUACUCUCCCUCCUCUACUCAAGCGAUGUUUUGCUCUCUGCUCAAUAUUCCCCAAAGGUUAUGUGUUCGAUAGGGAGGAGUUGGUGCUUCUAUGGAUGGCGAUAGACCUCUUAUACCAACCAAGGAGUAACAAAAGAUUAGAAGAGAUUGGUUACGAGUACCUUGAUGAUUUAGUUGAUCGAUCUUUUUUCCUGAGGUCGGACAUGACAACGAAAACCUUUGUGAUGCAUGAUCUCAUGAAUGAUUUGGCUAAAGCUGUUUCAGGAGAGUUUUGCUUCAGACUAGAGGGUGACAAUAUUCCGGAGAUACCAAGCAUGGCUCGACAUUUUUCGUUUUCUAGAAGCCAAUGUGAUGCUUCCGUGGCUUUCAGGUCCAUCCGUGGUGCUGAGUUUCUGCGAACUAUUCUUCCGUUUGAUGUGCCAUCGGGUCUUGAAUCUCUCCAACUCACAGAGAAAAUCUUGAAUCCAUUGCUUCAGGCAUUGAGCAGUUUAAGAAUUCUCAGCUUGUCUCAUUAUCAGAUAACUCGCUUGCCUAAGUCACUAAAGGGUUUGAAGCAGUUACGGUAUCUAGAUCUGUCAAGCACCAAGAUAAAAGACCUCCCAGAGUUUGUGUGUACCCUCUGUAAUUUGCAGACACUGCUACUAUCAAAUUGCUGUUACCUGACUAGCCUGCCAACAAACAUAGCCGAACUCAUCAACUUGCGCCUCCUCGACCUUGUUGGCACUCCCUUGGUAGAGAUGCCACUAGGAAUAAGAAAGCUGAGAAGCUUGCAGAAGUUAUCUAAUUUUGUUGUAGGAAGGCUGAGCGGAGCCGGACUGCAUGAGCUCAAAGAACUUACUGAUCUCCGAGGGACUCUUCGCAUCUCUGAGCUACAAAACGUGGCUUUCGCUUCAGAAGCAAAAGCUGCUGGUUUGAAAAGGAAGCAGUUUCUAGAUGGGUUAAUCUUGAAGUGGACUGUGAAUGCUUCUAGCUUUGCCCCUGGUAGUCUUAGUACCUUGGCAUGUGACCAGAAAGAGGUCUUGAAGAUGCUGGAACCUAACGCAAACUUGAAAACGUUUUGCAUUGAGUCUUAUCAGGGCGCAGAGUUUCCUAAGUGGUUGGGUGAUCCUUUAUUCAGUAGUAUUGCAUCUGUCACUCUCAGCAGCUGCAACCUCUGCAUAUCACUACCUCCUCUGGGGAAGUUGCCUUCACUCAAUUACCUAAGCAUUGAGAAAUUUAAUAUUUUGCUGAAGGUUGGUCUAGACUUCUUCUUCGGUGACAACACCUCUAACUUUGUACCGUUUCAAUCCUUACAAACUCUGAAGUUUUAUGCCAUGCCGAGAUGGGAAGAAUGGAUAUCUCCGGAACUAGAAGGUGGGAUCUUUCCUUGUCUACAGAAACUAGUGAUAGAAAAAUGCCCCCGGUUAAAGUCAAAGUUUCCACAAGGACUCCCUUCUUCAACUCAAGUCACCAUCUCUGAUUGCCCCCUAAGAGCAGUUCUUGGUGGAGGAGAGGGUUCCUCCCCAGGGGAUAUUAGCAUAACUGAACCACCUUCCCCUAUGUUGGAUGCGACUCCAAGUUCUCAAUCAGAUAGAGGCACAAGUAGUCAGAGUAAUAAUGACACUGAAGUAACUUCGACGUCAAGCAUGUCGUCUUUGCCAAAGAACCAUCCACUAUCAGAAGAGAUGGCGCAAUAUAUAACUCAACUCGAAAACCCACAUCAGCAUAUUGAAGAAGAACCUGCUGUGAUAUCUGCAAGAUUCUCAGAACUCAUCUCCUCCGCUGAUCUCAGCUCCCUACUGUCACAAUCACCACUUCUUCCAGGUUCUGGUCACCCUGGAAGUAGUAGCAACCAGAACCAGCUACUUGUUCCAAGUGGACCAUCUAGUGACAACGGUAUGACCAGGCCUUCACAAUCAAUCGAUGAAACAGACAUGGAAUACAUAAAAGUGACAGACAUCUCUCACCUCAUGGAACUACCCCAAAACCUCCAAUCACUCCACAUCCACACCUGCGACGGCCUCACUUCCUUACCCGAAAACCUCUCCGAAAAACAUCCAAAUCUCCACGAACUCCUCCUCGUCUCAUGCCAUUCCCUACAAUCCUUCCCACCAACCACACUAAAAACCCUCUACAUAACAGACUGCAACAAACUCAACUUCCAAGAAACCUUACAACCAACACGCAGCUACUCACAGCUCGAACACCUCUUCAUCGAACGCAGCUGCAACAACAACAACCUCAUCACCUUCCCUCUAUCCCUCUUCCCAAAACUCAAAUCCCUCUCAAUCACAAACUGCGAAACCUUCACAUCCUUCUCCAUCCACGACGGACUAGGGGACGACAGAAUCUCACUCAAAGCCCUAGAGAUCAGAGACUGCCCUAACCUAACAACGUUCCCUCACGGAGGCCUCCCAACGCCGAAGCUCUCCUCAUUGCUAAUCUCAAACUGCAAAAACCUCAAAGCCUUACCGGAGAAACUCUUCAGCCUCACGUCUCUCCACUCACUCUUCAUAAUCAAAUCCCCAGGGAUAGAUUCCAUCCCUGGAGGAGGCUUCCCGAGCAAUCUACGAACACUAUGCAUCAACCUAUGCCCUAACCUAAGGCCUAGGAUUGAGUGGGGGUUACGAGAUUUAGAGAAUCUUCGGAAUCUUGAGAUUGAAGGAGGUAACGAAGGGAUUGAAUCGUUUCCGGAAGAAGGUUUGCUGCCGAGAGGGAUUUUUUCUCUGAGGAUAAGUUGUUUUGAGAAUUUGAGUAGGUUGAAUCGGUUAGGGUUUCGAGAUACGAAGGGUUUGGAGACGAUGGAGAUCGACGGUUGUGAUAAGUUGAGGAUAUCUAUGGAGGAAGAUCUUCCUCCUUCUUUGUCUUGUUUGAGGAUUAGCUCUUGUUUGUUGGUUACUGAGAAACUUGCUGAGGAAGGAACGGAGUGCGUGUUUAGUGUUCCGUAUGUGGAAAUAGACGGUGAGAUUUUUUCUUGAGGAAAUGUUUUGUAAUGUGUGUAUUAGAACUUGACCCGCACCCCCGUGCGGGUGUUUAAUUUUAUUUGUGUUCACCGUAAACUUAUAAACUGUUGAUUUU